AUGAGUACAAUUGAGGACCUUUUACUUGACUCCCAAUUGAAAUGGGGAAUGCUUUUGCCAAUAUCAAUAGCAAUGGUUUUGGUUGGCUUGUUAAGAUCGAAUUUGACCGAAUUGCUUUCUUCGAAGCCAAAACUUGAAUUCUUUAAAAAAGCUAGAGAAAAAUCAUUUUUGCAGCGUGUGAUAUCGUUUAAACUCAACAACAAAGUUUUGAGUAUUGAAGACAUGGAAUCAAGACGGGCGUAUUACAUGGACGCAUUAUCUGGAUCAGAGUUUUAUGCCACUAUCGAAGAUCCCUCGGCAGCCCUGAAUCCAUUUACGGAUGCCUCGACGAACGAUGCGUUAAUGAAUAUGGCUAAAGGCAAUAUAAUGAGUUACGUUCCCCAAACUUUGAUAAUGGGGUGGGUGAAUUACUUCUUUGCAGGGUCUGUCGUUAUGAAACUACCAUUUCCAUUGACUGAAGGGUUUAAAAGUAUGUUACAAAAUGGUGUGAAUACACCAAAUUUAAAUGCAAGAUAUGUUUCGGCUAUAUCAUGGUAUUUCGUCAAUUUAUUUGGUCUUCGUCCAGUCUAUUCUUUGAUAAUGGAUGAUCCCGAAGCUGCUGAUCAAUUAAUUGCUCAACAACAGCAGCAGCAGCAAACAAUUCCUAAUUUGGGUGCACCUGGAGGUCCUAAAGUUGACAAAUCUGCCCCUUAUGUUAUCAAUCUUGACCCAGCUGUUUUAAAGGUUCCUUUUGGUGUUAAUAUUGAUAUUAGAGAUUCAGUGAAGUAUAAAAAGGUUAUGGAAGAAUACAAUUUGGGUCCGAAUGGAGCUAUUGUGACGUCCUUGAACUUGUUCUCCACAAAAAUUGAUCAAGUCAUCAAGUUGGUUGAGAAGAAGGAGGAUAAAAUAAAGAAUGUCAUUAUCGACACGCCCGGCCAAAUCGAAUGUUUCGUUUGGUCUGCAUCAGGUGCAAUUAUAACAGAGGCAUUUGCGUCAACGUUUCCAACUGUCAUCGCUUACAUUGUUGAUACACCAAGAAAUUCCUCACCAACAACUUUCAUGUCUAACAUGUUGUACGCUUGUUCAAUCUUGUACAAAACUAAGUUGCCAAUGAUCAUUGUGUUCAACAAAACAGAUGUGCAAAACGCAAAAUUUGCCGAAGAAUGGAUGACCGACUUUGAGCUGUUUCAGAUGGCAUUAGCCAAGGAUCAAGAAUUGAAUUGUGAGGAUGGAACAUCUUCUGGAUACAUGAGCAGUUUGGUCAAUUCAAUGUCAUUAAUGUUAGAAGAAUUUUACUCACAGUUGGAUGUUACAAGCUGUAGUGCUUUUACUGGAGAGGGCUUUGACGACUUUAUGGAUGCAGUUGAUAAAAAGGUUGAAGAAUAUAACCAGUACUACUUGGCUGAGCGUGAAGCAAUCCUCAAACAGAAGGAGGAAGAUGAGAAAAAGCGAAAAGCCAAAUCUCUACAUAAGUUGAUGAAAGACAUGGAAUUGAAUGAUCACGACCAAAGGGAUUCAGAGGUGCUUUCAGAUUACGAGGACGGCAAUGACGAUUUAAGUGGGGAAGUUGAAAGAGAUGACCAUGAGGAACCAACUAGGGAGUACACGUUUCCAGAGGACAGACAGACAGAGCUUGGAAAGAGUGAUGCAGAUUUACAAGCUCGCUACCAGGCCGCCUUCGAUGCGACAGCGAAGACUACGUCUUCUAAGACCGCAGAGAGUAUUGCUGAAUACAUUAGGCGCUAG